CCUCCAUUUUUGCAAAGUAGAGAGCAAGGAAGUAUUUGAGGCACACAAGUAUUAUUUCUUUACUUUCUAUUAAUGAAUCAUAAAUUAUGUAUUAAGUAGAUUUUAGUUGAAUUUUGAGUAGAAUUUUGUUAACAGGAAAUGGCUGACAAGGCAGUGACAAUUAGAACAAGAAAGUUCAUGACCAAUCGUCUUCUUGCAAGGAAACAAUUCAUUAUCGAUGUCUUGCAUCCUGGAAGGGCUAACGUUUCUAAGGCUGAGUUGAAAGAGAAAUUGGCAAGUAUGUAUGCGGUGAAAGAUCCCAAUGCAAUCUUUGUAUUCAAGUUCAGGACCCACUUUGGAGGAGGCAAAUCUACUGGUUUUGGCUUGAUCUAUGAUUCUGUAGAAAAUGCAAAGAAAUACGAGCCAAAAUACAGGCUGAUCAGGAAUGGAUUAGACACAAAGGUUGAGAAGUCCAGGAAGCAGAUGAAGGAGCGGAAAAAUAGAGCCAAGAAAGUGCGCGGUGUCAAGAAGACUAAGGCAGGAGAUGCCAAGAAGAAAUGAUCUGCUAGUAACAUUUCCUUUAAGCCAAAUGCAGAAAACGUUUUGCUCAUUAUUUAUGUUUUUACUGGACGCUUAUGAAGUAUCUUUUCAAUUUUGGUUGAGUCACGCGACCAUUUAGGGAAUUAACUCGAUUUAUCGACUUCAUUUUGCUUCUUCUUUUUGUUA